AUGGAUAGCUCCACGGGUUUCAACGGAGAUGCUACCACUUUCUUCGCUCCAGAUGCUGUGUUUGGUGACAGGGUGCGUAGAUUCCAAGAGUUUUUAGACACCUUCACCUCGUACAGGGAUUCUGUGAGGUCCGUACAGAUCUACAACCACAACAACGGGACAAACUACAGCGAGGACCAGGAUGAUGCUGGCGAACAGGAUCUGCCCGGCGAUGAGGACGGUGACGACCUGGAGAAGGAGAAGAAAACCGCGUCCUCCACUGCAUUGAACAUACUCCCUCACAGAAUUACCAUUUCGCUAGACGACCUGAGGGAGUUCGACAGGUCCUUCUGGUCUGGAAUCCUGACCGAACCCGCGUACUUCAUCCCACCGGCUGAGAAGGCGCUCACCGAUCUGGCGGAUUCCAUGGACGAUGUCCCACACGCAAAUGCUUCUGCGGUAUCGUCUCACCAUCCCUGGAGACUUUCGUUCAAGGGUUCAUUUGGUGCGCACGCCCUGUCCCCGCGUACCAUGACGGCCCAACACUUGAACAAACUAGUCUCUGUCGAAGGUAUCGUCACUAAGACCUCGCUGGUCAGGCCAAAGCUUAUCAGGUCCGUCCAUUAUGCGGCCAAGACCGGUAGAUUCCACUACAGAGACUACACGGACGCCACCACGACCCUCACCACGCGUAUCCCCACACCCGCCAUCUACCCAACAGAAGACCCAGAGGGCAACAAACUAACCACGGAAUAUGGGUACAGUACUUUUAUAGAUCACCAGCGUAUCACCGUGCAGGAAAUGCCCGAAAUGGCGCCCGCAGGUCAACUCCCCAGAUCCAUAGAUGUCAUUCUCGAUGACGAUCUUGUGGACAAGACCAAGCCCGGUGACAGAGUCAACGUCGUGGGUGUAUUCAAGUCGCUGGGUGCUGGGGGUAUGAACCAAUCCAACUCUAACACGCUGAUCGGGUUCAAGACGCUGAUCCUAGGUAACACGGUAUACCCCAUGCAUGCAAGAUCUACAGGUGUCGCCGCAAGGCAAACUUUGACAGAUUUCGACAUCAGAAACAUUAACAAACUGUCCAAAAAGAAAGACAUCUUUGAUGUUUUAUCUCAGUCCCUGGCACCCUCCAUUUAUGGGCACGAUCAUAUUAAGAAGGCUAUCCUAUUGAUGCUCAUGGGUGGUGUGGAGAAAAAUUUGGAAAACGGUUCCCAUUUGAGAGGUGACAUCAAUAUCCUGAUGGUGGGUGAUCCCUCAACCGCCAAAUCACAACUGUUGAGAUUUGUGCUGAAUACGGCAUCUUUGGCUAUUGCCACCACCGGUAGAGGUUCUUCCGGUGUGGGUUUGACCGCGGCAGUGACCACUGAUAGAGAAACUGGUGAAAGAAGAUUGGAGGCCGGUGCCAUGGUUUUGGCCGAUCGUGGUGUGGUGUGUAUCGAUGAGUUUGACAAGAUGACCGAUGUAGACAGAGUCGCCAUCCAUGAAGUUAUGGAACAACAGACCGUGACAAUUGCCAAAGCAGGUAUCCAUACAACUUUGAAUGCUCGUUGUAGUGUCAUUGCUGCAGCCAAUCCUGUAUUUGGUCAAUACGACGUCAAUAGAGAUCCUCACCAAAAUAUUGCGCUGCCAGAUUCGCUUUUGUCUCGUUUCGAUUUAUUGUUUGUUGUCACAGACGAUAUUAACGAAAUCAGAGAUAGGUCCAUUAGUGAACACGUUCUAAGAACACAUAGAUACUUACCCCCAGGUUACUUGGAAGGUGAACCAAUGAGGGAACGUUUGAAUUUAUCAUUAGCCGUUGGCGAUGACGCCGAUAUCAAUCCUGAAGACCGUUCCACUUCCGGAACUGGUGGGGAAAAUGAAGGGGAAGAUGAGGAAGACCAUGUUUUUGAAAAAUUCAACCCACUAUUGCAAGCGGGUGCUAAAUUAGCCAAAAACAAGGGUGAUUAUAACGGUACCGAAAUUCCUAAACUAGUCACCAUUCCAUUCUUAAGAAAGUACGUUCAAUAUGCCAAGGAAAGAGUAAUUCCACAAUUAACACAAGAGGCGGUCAGUGUCAUUGUGAAAAAUUACACUGAAUUAAGAAACGAUGAGAACACCAAAAAAUCACCUAUCACUGCAAGAACUUUAGAAACUUUGAUUAGAUUAGCUACAGCACAUGCUAAAGUCAGAUUGUCCAAAACUGUCAACAAGACAGAUGCCAAAGUGGCUGCUAAUUUGCUAAGAUUUGCCCUACUAGGUGAAGAUAUUGGUAACGAUAUCGAUCAAGAGGAAAGCGAGUAUGAAGAAGCCUUGUCUAAGAGAUCACCACACAAAUCGCCUAAAAAGAGACAAAGAGUCAGACAGCCGGCAAGUAAUUCAGGGUCACCAAUCAAAGCUACCCCAAGAAGAUCAGCGGCACCGUCCGUCAACGCUACACCAUCAUCAGCGCGUAGAAUACUACGUUUCCAAGAUGACGAAGAACAAGGUAGCGGAGACGAUAACGAUAUCAUGUCGCCACUUCCCGUAGAUGAAGAAGCCGAAUUACAAAGAAGACUCCAAUUGGGGCUGAGAGUAUCUCCAAGGCGCAAAGAGCAUCUCCACACAUCAGAUGAAGGUGCCCCAGGGCCUCUUACUGAAAUGGGUACCCCAAGGUUACCUAACGUAUCUUCUGCAGGUCAGGACGAUGAGCAACAACAGUACCAACAGCAACAACAGUCGGUGAUAUCUUUCGAAAACGUGGAACCAGGUACUAUCUCUACUGGUAGGCUAUCCCUGAUCUCGGGUAUAAUUGCGCGUUUGAUGCAAACAGAAAUAUUCGAAGAAGAAUCAUAUCCUGUGGCCUCUUUGUUUGAAAGAAUCAAUGAAGAACUACCGGAGGAAGAGAAAUUUUCCGCUCAGGAAUACUUAGCGGGACUGAAGAUCAUGUCCGACAGAAACAACCUAAUGGUUGCUGAUGAUAAAGUUUGGAGAGUAUGA